AUGUCGCUCGCAGUUAGACAGAGCACCGCAGCGGCUUUGCUCUCCGCGAGCCCCUGCCACUCGCAGAAUGACUGCGUCGAGCGCGCUUCCGUGAAUCUCUCCGCAUCUGCCGCGGCAUGGCAGAGGCACAACGGGCUGCGAAUGCGUGCGCAGGCGCGAGCGGCGGUGUCGACGGCGUCGGAGCAGGCGGCGGAGGGGGGGACGGCGCUACGGCCGCUGCGAGUGAUGAUCUCGGGCGCGCCCGCGUCGGGCAAGGGCACGCAGUGCGAACUCAUCGUACAGAAGUACGGGCUGACGCACAUCAGUGCGGGCGAUCUGCUGCGCGCGGAGGUGGCAGCGGGCACGGAGGGCGGGCGGCAGGCCAAGGCGCACAUGGACGCGGGGCGCCUCGUGCCGGAUGACGUGGUCGUCACGAUAGUGAAGAACCGCCUAGCACAGGAGGACGCGCAGAGCAGGGGGUGGCUGCUGGACGGCUAUCCGCGCAGCCUGUCGCAGGCGCACGCGCUGCUGGCGCUCGACAUCUCGCCCGACGUCUUCAUCCUCCUCGAUGUGCCCCACGAGAUCCUGGUGGAGCGCGUGGUGGGGCGGCGCCUGGACCCCGCCACCAACCGCAUCUACCACCUCUCCUUCUCGCCGCCCGAAUCCGAGGAGAUCGCCGCCCGCCUCACCCAGCGCAGCGACGACACCGAGAAGAAGGUGAAGGCGCGGCUGGAGACGCACAACGCCAACGUGGCCAGCGUGCUCGAUGUCUACGCCGGCAAGCUCGUGCAGGUGAACGGGCAUCGCUCCAAAGAUGAAGUGUUUGGCGACAUUGACGACAUUCUCACUCGCCUGCAACACGGCCAGCUCUCUUUUGACUAG